CGGCUGCAAACUGACGCCACAUUUUUUUUUUAGUCGUAGCGUUUCUUCCCGAAGUAUUUGAUUGUCCCGUAAAGCGAAAUAUAAGUCGUUUUGUUACGGGGGAGGUCGAGAAUAAUAGCUCUAGUUGGCAGCGGAAGAUUCUUACGCGCUUACGCAUUUCCGUACCUCUACUGAUGGACGACGACACGAUCGCUUUCGGUGAGGAAGAAGAGGCCGUCCAAAAUGCCAAUAAACUUAAACAUCCGUAUGUCACACUGUUUCAUCUGGCCUUCAGGAUAGCGGCUAUAACGGUUUACAUGCUAUGCGGUUUGUUUUCGAAUAGUUUUAUAGCGAGCUUUGUGACAGUGGUACUACUCUUGUCGAUGGACUUUUGGACAGUUAAGAAUAUUACGGGAAGAUUAAUGGUCGGCCUUAGAUGGUGGAAUUACGUCGAUGAUGACGGCAAGAGUCAUUGGAUUUUUGAAUCUAAAAAGGGUGCACAACAGAACCGCAUUAACGCAGCGGAAGCGCGAAUCUUUUGGCUGGCCCUGAUCUUGUGUCCACUUUUUUGGUCAAUAUUAUUCAUUGCUGCGCUGUUCACUUUCAAAUUUAAAUGGCUGCUACUGGUUUCCAUCGCUAUCGUUUUGAAUAGCGCAAAUCUGUACGGCUAUGUUAAAUGCAAAAUGGGAAACGAUCAAAAUAUCUCAACAACCACCAGCGAUUUCAUCAGAAAACAAGUUUUCCAAAAUGUUGCUUCAAUGAUGAGCAGAAAACCUCCAACAAAUAAUUCUAAUCAAGCAACUAAUGUAAUAUAGAUUUGUAAAUUUGUCAUUGCCAUUUGAAAUUCAUAUUGAUAUACUGAAUAAUUUAAUAAAUAUUUGCAAACGUUUGUACAUAAUAAUGUUAGGUAAUAUCUUCUAAGUAUUCUAUAAUAAAUCGUUAUCAAACUUCA